AUGUUGCCAAACCUUAAGCACAAGAAACUCAUCGGAAGCGGGAGUUUCGGGAACGUUUACAGAGCCAAAUUGGAUGGCAAACCAGUUGCAGUGAAAAUCCUUCAUGAACGCUUCUUAAGAGAACCUCACAGCCACAACAAAUAUUUCUCUCAGUUUGAAGCGGAAUGCAAAAUUCUUCAAAACCUCCAGCACAAAAACGUGGUUACGUUAUUGGAAUUUAUCAUUUCACAUACAUUACCGCCAAUGUUGAUUACUGAACUCUUGGAUUGUGACUUAAGAGAGCAUAUUCGUGAAUGUCAUCCAGGGAGGAUUCCAUUUUCAGAAACUGUCUCGAUUAUGUUAGACGCGGCGGAAGGUCUCGCGUAUCUUCAUCAGCAAAAUCCACCGAUAGUUCACCGAAACUUGGCCAGCAAAAACAUACUUCUUACCAAGGAAAAGCAGGCGAAGAUUGCUGAUGUCGGUCUUGCCAAAGUGCUUCUAAAAGGCGAACAAAAUUAUUGUUCUCCUGUACCCGGAACGCCAGUUUAUGCUGCACCAGAGACGUUUCACCUCGACUAUGAUCCAAAUUUUCCCAUUCCAAGGGGCCGAUCGCUUGUCGAAUAUGACACUAAGAUUGACAUCUUUUCACUCGGAAUCACUUUGAUGGAAGUUGUAAAUGGACGGCUGCCCUCCCCACAACCAUGCAUACCUUUUACGAGC